AUGUGCAUGCCUUCUGUAACGUGCCCUGUAGAGAACCUGGCCCAGUGGGAAGCAAUCAAAGCAAAAGUUACGUCAAGUUAUAAGCAGAGGAGCAAGGAGAAUGUUCCACAGAGCAAAAGAAAAGUAUGCCCUUUGGCUCAGAAACAAUUUUCGAUUCUUCACCUUUCAGGAGAGGGCAAGCAGUGCCCAAGUACUGUUUCAGCAUAA